AUGCCCUUUCCUGAAGCUGAUGAAACUGGUUAUGGUUAUGGUUUGGAAGAUACUGAAUUAAGUGAAAGUAGAGUCCUGGACAAUAUUAAAGAGACCACGACAGAACCUGUAUACACAGUGCCAGAAAUGAGAUAUAAUUAUGAAGAAAAAGAAUAUUUCACAGAGGAAGAUGCUGAAGGACAAAAGCCACAAGAGUAUGGCGAAGCUCAGGAGGAGAAUGAGGAAAAUUUAAAGGCAACAGGAGGAACCAGAGCUGCCUACAAUGAUUAUGAUGCAUGUGAACUUGUUCAAGAUAGUGGAGAAUGUCAGAAUUACGUUCUGAAGUGGUACUACGACAAAGAGAAGAAAAUGUGUGGUCAGUUCUGGUAUGGGGGCUGUGGAGGCAAUAAAAAUAGAUUUGAAACACAAGAAGAAUGUGGAUCCUUCUGUAUAGAGUCUUCCUAG